CAUGAAUUUAUUCAUCUAUAACCGUUGCUGAAGUUCCUGAAACUACAACGAUGGCUCCACCUCGUAAAAGAGUAACGGGCGAUAAAAAUAAAAGUAAGUUAGAUGAAUUUUGGGCUGUUUUUACAUGAUCGUGGAAUGAUGCUAGUACGUACUGCAAGGUGAAGUGAUGCAUCUGAAGAUUUUGCCAAAUUUAACAUGUUUAAAGUGCUUCAGAUAGCUUUUUUUAUCAGAAUCAAUCGUUAAGCUUUCUUAAAAGGCACAUGCUUCUCAAAGUUCUUGCUACAUGAGAUAUGGAGCAGAACACCGUGGAAAUGAACCUGAUUACUUAUCAAGAGCAGGGCAUGUAGUACAGCUUUUAAAAUGUUUUACUUAUUUUUAAUACACACUGUUACAAAUUUUAAGGGAGCAGCUAAUGUUCUACGGCCCGAUAACGUUUCAGUUACUUAAGCCUUUGGCAAGCUACUUAGUGGCAAAUUAUGCAUUUGUUCACCAUACGAGUAUAGAUUCAGAAAAAGCAACAUAGCUGAGCUAAAAUUAAUCUGCAUUCAUUUGUUGAGCAGUAGAUGUUGUGAGACUUAGAAACAGGUGAAUAAUAUUAAAAUAUUCAAACAUUAUCAAUUAUUUAUAAUUUUGCAGCUGAAAAAACAUUCAUCCAUUUUGGGGUAAACAGAACUUUAUUAAAAUUUUUAUCCCAGAAGUUUAACAUAUAUUAAUAUAGUUUUUAUUAGGACUGAGUCUGGCCCAAAUUUGCCUUGAAUUAACUGUUACAGUUUAUCCAAAAUGUGAUAAUCUAUUUAAUACUGAAAACAAUGACACAAUUUCCUGUACUUAGAUGUUAUGGGUGCUUCUCAUUAAAUAAUAAUGCAAAAUAUCUGGAUUUUUUUUCGUGGAAAACAGAAGAGGAAUGCUUCAUGAGUUGGUGUGGAAGUAGUAGCCCUCUUUGACUAUUUAUGUUGAUCAUUAUUGGGACAUAAAAUUUUUAUGUCCCAAUAAUGAUCAACAUAAAUUUUCUCCUUGUAAUAUCUGUACAUAACCAAGAGAAGAGGUUAUGAGAAUUACAAAAAUGAUCACCAAUGAGAAAAUUCCUUGAUCUUUUAUCAAAUUCUCUCCACUAAUUUCUUAAGGAAAUGUACUGAGAUCAGUCUGGAGAAUUUGUUUGUGGAUAUUGGGACUUUAAGGGUUAAGAUACCACAGUUCACUUGUCACUGAGAUAAUUCAGACUUGUCAAUUUAUUUUAUCACAACAUUUGAAAUGGAUUGACUGAAAAUCAAAUGUAAACAAGAGAUUUUAAUACCUACGGAAAAUUACUGACAACCAUAGUAAAAAAACAAAAAGAUAACUGUAAAGCAAAAUUUAGUCUACUUUACAGAUUUUCCCCUUACAUAUUACUAAAUUACAUUUUAAAAGAAAAAUCAGGAAUAUGUAAAGUUAAAGUGAGGCAUGAAAAUGGAGCAAACUAACCUUUUUUAUCGUUGAUUUAUCUUUUAAAAUGUAUGUCGAAAUCGAUCGUUAACAUUUAAAUUAUAUUAGAUAAUAUAAAUCUUUUGCUGUUGAACACCUGUAUUCACCACCAAAACCCUUGACAUCUCAGAUGCAUCAUUGAAAACAGCUAAUCUUAACAUCCUGCCCUCUUCAAAUAGGUAGACACCAAUAUCUCGGGUAAUUUUUCUUUUUCUUUUGUUUCAACUUCAUUAGCAUACAUUACCAUACCCAAAGACAAAAGGAAAACAAAAAUUGCCUAAGAUAAUGUUAACUACAACAUAUACACAACAGUAGUAAAACACUUAAGAUGAGGAAAAAAUUAUUCUUAUCAUUAUAUUUAUUUAUUUCCAGUUCCUUGAUAAUGGCAUCAUGAAGUCCCCAAAAUGUUGGAACAUUAUCUUGUUAGUUUUUACAUGUUUAUGGUUUUCUUAAUCAUUAUUAAUAUUAAUGGUCGUUGUGGUUAUUAUUAUUAUUAUUAUUAUUAUUAUUAUUAAUUUAUUAUUACUAUUAUUAUUAUAAAGAUUAUUGUAUCUCACUAAAUAAUGUUGUCUUUGUCAUUUUACAGAUACUGAUAGUGGUUAUGGUAGCGCAAGAACCAAGCAAAAGGAGUCUGAACCAAGGAGAUUUCCUUAUAUCAAGUGGCUAGUCAUUCUCUCUGUUAUUCUUCUGGCAUCUAGUGUUACUUUUUACAUUGUUAGAGCAUUACAUCAGCAGGAUUUAAACUUAGAACAGAAAACAAAAACACAAACUGUUGAAACAGAGGCAGUUAAGCCCACAGAAAGGACAAAAAAGAAAGCUAAAAAAGAAAAAUUGCAUGAUCCACUUGCAGCUAUAACUAACAGCUUUGAUAAAUCCAUUGCAAAGGAGCUGGACAAAGCACAAAGCAUUUUAGAUAAAGGCCAAAUAGGAGAUGCCCUGAGAAAGUUCGAAGGCCUUGUAAAUAAAUACCCAAAGAGUCCAAGGGCAUUGUAUGGAAAGGCACAGUCCCUUGAUAAACUGGCAGACUUGAAGCAAAGUAAUGAAGUGUUACAGCAAAGUAUAGAAGCUUAUGGUAACGUAGUCAAGUUGCCUGACUGUCCUCUCGAGUUGAAGCGAAGAGUGAUGAGGCGACAGGCCGACCGGCUCAGUUUCCUUGGUCGGAUUGGACAAGCCGCUAAUGUGCUGAAGAAACUAUUAAAUUUGUUCCCUGGAGACAUAAAGCUUAUGAAUGAACUAGGAGUGCAGUAUCUCCUGUCGGGAAGGAACAGGGAUGCAGAAAGUAUUUAUAAUCAGGUAAAGUUAAAGCCACCCAUACAGCAACAUAGAGGCAGCUUGGCCGUGUGGUUGGAGCACUUCACUUACAGUUCCAAGGCUCCAAGUUCAAGCCCCACCCUGACUGCUAGCUGGAUUUGUUCUUGGUAGUGAUAGCCUCAAGUUCAAGUCCUCGCGGUCAGACUUCUAAUAAGCCAAAGUUCUGUUAAGCCCCCUACCAGCUGGGAUUUCUUAACCUUGAUUUGUUCCAUUUGAAUUGUUUGAUUCAGUAUGUAUAAAAAGCCCUAUAAGGGGAGAGAAUACACUGAUUAAUUAAUUUAAUAAUUUUUAUUUUAAUUUUACAAUGGCAGUAUUCACGCACUUUUUUCUUGACUGUCUAAACAGAGGUCCACUUAUUUCCUCACUCUACUACCUUGCUAAAAUAGGACUUUAUUGUGCCUAAAAACACCUGUUGAUGUGAUGUCAGGGGUCCUGAUCUUGAGCAAUGAUAUGAUUAUUAUUUUGUUCAAUUAAAAAAAAUACAAUAAACAUUCAAUUUUCUGUAACAUUUCUAAUGUAAGUAACAUAUAGUCUAUGUUCACGUACAUUUGCAAAAUGAUCCAGUCACAGUAUUCCUCUAUUAAGUACUACUAAUUAGAGUAGAAGUCCUUAAUUGUUAAGCUUAGAUCUACAUGUGUUUUCUCCUCUCAGGUUAUAAACCUGGAUCCAACAAAUGGUUUUGCAAAGUCACAUUUGGGUUUUAUUCUUAAAACAGACCACUUGCGUUAUGUUGAGGCAAUUCCUCUGUUACGUGAAGGAAUCUCAAGCGGCCAUGCUGGGGCUGAUGAUGGGAGGUUUUAUUUUCAUCUAGGAGAUGCACUGACUCGGGUUGGAAAACCAGAUGAGGUAUUUCUCCAAUAAUUUUAUUUAUUCUUUUAUUUUUCUUCUUUAAUCUUAUGGUGUCAAACUGCUGUUUGUUAAGAUGCCCUAAAUUUUAUGUUACAGGCUUACAAGGUGUACGAUGAGGCUGCUGGUAAAGGCAUCUUUCUGUCUGCUCUACAACGCUCCCUCUACAAUGCUGAUACUCCCCUGAAAGCUCAACCUUUCUGGACGGCAAAAGAAACUGGAUAUUUAACGGCCAUACAGUAAGUCAGUCUUAUCAAGACACUGUGUAUGAAACUGUACAUAUCUCUCCCACCCCCAUUAGCAAUAUUUCUGAGAGUUCAACUUAAUGUUUGUACAUAUUAUAAAUCAUAGUUAAAUCAGUUGCCAAUAGCUAGAUGGGAGUGGGGAAAGUUGAUGUUGAAACAAAGGGAGCCGCAUGGGGACCCAGAAGGUAACAAUGACAACCUGUGAGCAGCAACCACCAGGCAAUAUGACACAGAGAACCUUAGUGAAGACAAGCGUAUCACAGAUACGUACCAAGAAAAACAUUCAAGGGGAGGGGUGGCUGGUGAAAAAAAAGGGCUAAAGCUACCGCAGGUGACGGCAACAUGAUCAGCGAAGUGACUGACCUCAGCAAAUUGAGCACUGUAAAAUUAAUAGAACCCUUCAAAUGCCUAAAGACCACCCUAUGCACGAUUUUUUAUGGAAAACGGUAGCCGCAUUGUGUUGUUUAACCUAGCCUACAUUACAUUUAGCUACAUGCAAUUAAUUGUUAGAAUUAUUAUUUUUAACACCUGAUGUCACUUCUGUCAGUCUGUCUGGUAACAGUAAAUUUAUGAUGAUCUAUUUGGAAAAGCUGUGUUGUAUCCAAUAGGAUGCAAGUUGCGAGAAGUCACAUCUUACUCUAGCUGAUGAAAAACCUUUUGAAGAAGCUUUAUAAAAUUAUUCUUAACGACUAUAACUGACUUAAUUUAUUGUGCUUUUAGCCUUAUAAAACACCCAACAUUUCAUGAUGCCACCUCUGGUUUCCCCUCAAAAUGAUGUCUGAGGAACGUCAGUGGAGAAAUUCCAUACCGUGGAUGUGUCGACACUACCUUGAUCCGGGCACUAGUGACGCAUCACCAGUUGAAAAUUUGCUUCAUCCAAUCAGGGAAGUGACAUCUCAUCAAUGUGGAAUUUCUGUGCUCAUUCCUCAGACAUCAUUUUUGCAGGGAAUCUGCUGGUGACAUCACAAAAUGUUGGCUUUUUUCUCAGGCUAUUGUGCCAAAUGGUAGGGGUACGAAGUUGCUUAAAUUGCUUAAAUUCAUUUUGAGAAACAAUGGCUGUGGCGCACUUGGCAAAACAACUGGGUUUUUUCACCCGGUGAAGAAAUUCUUCAGAAUGCAACCUGGUUAAAAGAGUUAAUUAUCAGUGGCCAGUCUCGAUUUAGACUUUUACAAAGUCGUUCAAUGUCAUGAAGUUUUGUCUUUUCCCUCACUUGGGUCAACCAUAAGGCUCGCCUUAGACAGUUAGAGUGACUGACAAAAUUUGACCCCGUAUUACUGAUAAAAAGAGGUCAACUUCUUAAAAGUCUUAACUCAGUUGUGUUAAGAAAGAAAAGCUGAACUUGGAAUGAAAGAAAGAAUUAUCAAAACCAGGAGCCUAUUACUCCUGUCGAAAUUGUUGUGCUUGCUGCAAUGGUAAAGCCAAAAUUUUGACCAUUCUCACACCUAGGCAGAGACUGAUUGACUGAUUGACUGAUUGAUAAUAUUAUUUUAUCCUGCACUAAACUACCUCACCAGGUGGUUUAAAAAAACCUAACCUGGUUAAAAAAGUCUAUUGUUCUUGCUUGAUUUGCAUAGCCCGGUUAGAACUCAGUUAAGACCUGACCGCAUUCGCAGUUUUUAAAAUGAAUUAACUUUAAUUAGUUACAGUGAAACCUGUAUUAAGCGGACACCCUCGGGGAAUGCUGUAGUGUUCACUUAAUACAGGGUGUCCGCCUAAUACAGGUUUCGAUAGACAAUGUCAUAUGAGGUGUCAAAUGCCAUUCAAAUGGACAGUGGAAACAUUUAGAAUAUUUCCAACGACUAUAACGAUAUACGUUUGCAUUAAUUUCUUUAUUAAAGUGGACUGAUUGAUCCUAGUACCAUAAACAUGGAUUGCAACUCAAAUUUGAAGAAAUCAGAUGAGUGUAACAAGCUCUAUAGAAACAAAACGAAAUAGAAAACAAUACUGUACUGUGAAACUAAUCAAAUAAGUUUUUCAAGUCAUGUUUUUUAAUUUAAAAAUUGAAAAACUUGUGGGUGGCAAUCUUUCGCAUUUCCAGUGUCUUGCAUGUUUGGUGGUGGAAUUUAAUCACAAGUGCCCAUUCAAUACAGGUUGUCAACAAUAGAAAUAACCAUUUCAAGUACUUUUUAGGUGUCCGCAUCCACUUAAUAGAGGCUUCCACUUAGUAAAGGUUUCAUUUAAAGUAAAUAAGGAAGAUAAAUUUGGGGACUUCAGCUACUGUCCACAUAAUAGAGGGUGUCCGCUUAAUAUGGUGUCCACUUAAUACAGGAUUCACUGUAAUGGGAAAUAACUUGGUUAAGUCCCCUAAUGUGGCCGCAGCCAAUAUUAAGUUCCUGAUCGCAACUAGUGCUUUGUGGAUUGAGAAUUUGAGUCAAUAUAAGAUUCUGUAAAUGGUGCCCACCUACCCCUUCCCGAAAUCCAACAUAUUGCCCUUACCAUGAAGUAGAUAUAAGUCUGAAUAUAUUAAUGUUGAGUAAUGGUGGGAGAUUUUAAUAAUGGUGAUUAACAUUGGUGUUAUGAUUUUGAGAAAUUAUCACAAUAAAAUUAAUUUUAAAUUUUCUAAAAUUUGUUAUAACCAUGGUGAAGUUCCAAGUAACUUUUAAUAUUCACACCUAACUGAAGUUGCAAUAUUAUUGAUAGAAUACUUAACAUAGUUGCAUUAAUUACUUUUUUAAUAAUUUGUUAACAAAAUUAAGAAAUAAAUAUGAUUAUAACAAUGAAAUAUAACAGUUAGAAUAUUAUUAUUAAUUUCAUGCUGUGAACAAAUUCAAUAUCACUGUUACAGUGCAUGUUUAUUAUUAUAAUAUUUUAACUAUGGUAAUUUGAUAUCAUUCCUUAACUAUAAUAUUGUAAGUUACUGUAUGGAAUGUUUAUUUAUUUAUUUAUUUUUUUAAUAAUUUAUUUAUUAAACAUCAUUUAACAUAACAUUACGAAAACUUUACAAUAACAGGGCGGCAAAUAAAAAGGAGGCGAAACAGUAAAAAAAUAAACAAACAAACAAACAAACAAGCCAAGGAAUGUUUAUUAUAUGAUUAUGACUUUAUUAUGAUGAUAGUUACUAUGAGAGUGUGAUUCUGAUGAUGAUGAUGAUGACAAUGAUGACGACAAUGAAAUUAAUGAUAUAUAAUCAAUUUUGGUACAACAAUUACAAACUGUAACAUAAUUUUCAUAAAAAUGAUACCAGGAAACUUGAAGCCAACUGGAAAGUAAUCAGAGAUGAAGGAUUGUCCGUACUUGAUAAGAAAACUGGAGGGUUUAUACCUGAGGAGGAAAAUCUGCGCCAGCAGGGAGAUUGGAAACAAUUUACUAUGUACCAGCGUGGCAGGAAGAAUGCAGCAGCUUGUCAAAAGACCCCACAAACUUGUGCUAUCAUUGAUACUAUACAUGAUGCUACCAGCUGUAAGAGAGGACAGGUACUCUGUCACAUUGUUUAACCCCAAAUAGAGUGAAUUGCAUUACCCUGUUUCCUAUACUUUGAUAAAAAUCGGAUCAAUUUACGUUUUCGGGAAACUGCCCUCCUUCUCCUCCCCUAAGCUAACAUUAACACUUACUUCUUACUUAGGGCAAAAUGAUAGCGUAGGGGAGGCAUACGUGGGAAUUUUCCCAGAAACCUCAAAUUGAUCCUAAAAAUCACUACAUUUUAAUGAGAGGGCACAUACCAAACUGAAACUACCUAGUAAGCUUGUUUGGAUUUGAAAAGCACCUGUCUGCCAAGCAGGAGGCUGCCGGUUCUAAACCUAGCCAGAGCAACACUCAAGGUCUUUAUUUAAAUAACUGAGCAGAAAAUGCUGCCUUUGUGAAGACAUCUGCAAACAGUUAGACUUUCUAGUCCUCUUGAAUAAGGACAAUAAACUGUAGGCCCUGUCUCACAACCCUUGCAUCUACAAAUUCUGUGGGAUGCUGAAGAACCCAUGCUCUGUCCAUAAAAGUAGGGGACAUAGUCGCUGGUGUGGUGGUCCAUGUCUCAUGGGGGAGAGACUGUUACAGUCCCACAGUACAUAGUUGGUGUCAAGUGUUGUUGAGCACUGCUUCAAAUUCCUGAUUUAAAGAAUGUUGGAAAUCAUGUCAGUUGCUAAUUUUAGAAAGGAGAAACACAGUGUUCUUUAUGUCUGCAGCCUACUCCCUCAUUUUUUCAAUCAUUCUUUCCUAUAGAUCAAGUAUUCCGUGAUGCUUCCAGGAACUCAUGUUUGGCCACAUACUGGUCCCACAAACUGCCGCUUACGCCUUCAUCUUGGACUUGUGAUCCCCAAACAUGUAGCCAUCAGGGUCGGCAGAGAAACAAAGUAAGACUUAGAAACCCUAACUAUACCUACAAACAUGUCAGUCACCAGGGGAAUCUCAAAAAUGUUUAAAAAUGUAAUAUCUGGGUACCGUAAAUCCUCUAUUAAACCGCCCAGGGGGGCUAAAAAGAGACUGGGGGUGGGGGGGGGGGCUUAUUCAGUUUAGCAAAGAAGAUGGUAUCAGUUCUCCAUAAAGAACUAGAAGGCAAAGUGGAAAAGCUCAAGUACAAGACGUUGGAGGUUUGAAAACAAAUCAGAACCUCCAGCUGGUGAAUAAAGCAUCCUAGAUCAGUCCAAGCAACGUUCUACAGUCGCAAUAGACUCCUGCGGGAGUCUCCUGACAGUCGUGAUUGAUUAAUACAGUCUAUCAUUUAUCAGCGAAUAAGGGGGAGGGGAGGGAAGGGGGCUUAAUAGGGGAUUUAUCAUACAUAUGUAGUUAAUAAGUAAAGACGAAAUGUUGAGAAUGUCAAAGGCUUAUGAGACAAAGAAGAUCUCCUGGAGGGGGGUACACCCCAAGGGGGUACUGCCACAUAUGGGCUAUAUAGGUAUGUGCCGCUGUGAAGGGUAUGGUUUUCAAGCAGGUUACUCUAGGAUAGGGUAUAUAAAUCAGAGCGUUUGGGUCUAGAAUAGGGUAUCAUUUUUCAGGAAACUGAUCAGUUUGUUGAAGAUUUUAUCUGGACUAGGGAAACAGCUACUCUAGUAUAGGGGGGAUUUGGGGAGUUUACUCUAGUAUAGGGUAGCAAAAUUCAGCUGAACUAGCUCUGGUAUAGGUUAAGGGUUCCAGGAUCCCAGCGGCACAUCCCCACCCAGAAAUUCCUAAAGUACCCCCCCCACCUCCGGAGGGUACACUAAGAAAUUGGGUUUGUUGGGUUUUCCACUACUGUGACCUGGGAACCCUUGGUCUGUACCAACACAUGUUCAAGUGUACUUUUUUACCCUGUUCUCUAUAGUUAGCUCCAAAAUAUUCUUGAAAUAAUCAAAUAAUACUUCAACAACAACAACAACAACAUCUUUAUUUCUUACAUUAAAUAUACAAAUAUCACACCACCUGCAAAUAGCAAGGCUAAUCGAGGCAGGUGGUGUGUAGACGGCUUAAGAUUUAUUACGAAUAGUUGAAUUGAAAAAGUACCAGAGCUACAAAAGUUGCGUCCGCACUGUACGCACACAUGCGCACACUUCAAAUAACAACAUCAUGUAAAUGGCCUUACUAAAAACUGCUCUAAAAAUUAACAGAUUAAUAAUUUUUUUACACCCAUUUCAUCAACAGAACAUGGGAAGAAGGCAAGGCAAUAAUCAUUGACGACUCAUUUGAUCAUGAAGUGUGGCACAAUGGAUCAAGCUUUAGACUUAUUUUAAUUGUGGACUUUUGGCAUCCAGACUUGACAGCAAGACAGAGGGCUUCAUUGUCACCAAUUUAACUAUAAUUUUUAUUUAUUUAUAAGAAAAUUCAGCCAUGCUGUAGAAGUCAUUUUAUUUUCGACUAUAACACUGACCCAGUCAUUAACUUGGUAAGAACAUCUCACAUGAAUGAAGAAGUGCACCAGAUGGCAAAAUCCUGUUACUGCAUCAAGUCUCAGUUUAAAAACAUGC